AUGCCAAUCAACAAGUUCUCUGCCAAGUCCCUGGACGGUGAUGUCCCCGACAAGCCCCUCAUCUUUGUGGUGGAGGGUCGCUACCAGAACUGGAUCAAGCCAAUCAUGUUGCUCGAGUGCCUGGGGGUCGAUUACGACGCCCCAUGUCUCGAUGGGCCUACGACCAGGACCGAUUGGUUCACUAGAAUUCAUCCACAGCGAUACGUCCCGGCCUUGAUCGACUCUGAGAAUGGCCAGCGAGUGUCGUCUUGGGAUAGCUCCCAGAUUCUCCAGUACCUGGCCGGCAAAUACGACGAGGAGAAAACGUGGAAUGGGAAGAAUGCAGCCGAAAGCCUGGAGAUUGGUAAUUGGCUGACGUUUGAAACGGCAUCUCUUGGGCCUACUGCAAAGUAUUGGGUGUGGUAUGCAAUCCGCCAGCCCGAGGAGCAGAAUCCAAAGGCGCAGGAAAAGAUGUAUAAAGACUUGAGGACGCAGUAUGGCAUCCUUGACAAACACCUGUCGCAGCCAGGUCAGAAAUGGAUCGGCCUUAAAGACCGGCCGACGAUCGCAGACCUGGCCAUCUAUCCGUUUGCGGACGAUCCAACCAUGGAACGAAUGGGUAUUGACAAGCACGACUUUCCGGCGUUGAAGGCAUGGAGUGAUGAGCUGGCUAAGGUUCCAGGGGUGGCCAAGGCCUAUGCAGAAUUAGAUUCACGCAAAGUGAUUCACAUUGGAGAAUGA